CAUUUCUCCUGGUGCGUUUUUAUCGAGUGGUUAGUCGCUGGGGCCCCUUUGAGCGCCCCCCAUCAAUAAUUUGGCGCCACCUCAAUUUGACAGUUGACAUUUUAUCAAAAAUUUUGCAACCUGUUCCGUUUCCAUAAAGUGGGGAAAAUUGCGUUUUUGGCAAAACUGGGGGUUGUUUGCGGUCGUGGGGCGCGCCCUUGGUGCGCAGAGUGGGGCGCGAGUGCCACAAGCAGUUUUGGAUGAAUGUAGGUUAGUGCCAGUAGUGAGUUGGACUUGGUGCUCCCGCGAUGGAGGAGUUCAGGAACGAGAUUGUCUCCAGGAUACGCUCCUGUCUUAUCUCCACCAAGGGGCAGGUGACCCUCCGGCAGCUGGAAGAUGACUACCGCACCCUUCUUGGCGAGCGAAUCCCUUACGCAAAACUGGGCCACAAAACGCUUGAAAGUUUCAUAAUAUCAAUCCCGACCAUCAUUACUUCACGUAGUCCGUCAGGUGAAAUUUUCGUCGAUGCUCAAGUUUCGGAAAAAACCGCUCACAUUUCGAGCAUGGUACGUAAACAAAAAUCCGUACCGAAAAAACACGUCCGUAUUGCCCCGAAACUGAAUCGAGCGAUGGCACAGCCGCCUCCAAACGCCGCCAAAUGGCGCCCCAAACAAAAACCACUAAUGCGAAAGACUUACGGGAAUACGCCUAAGUUGGCGGCGGUUUCACACAAUCAGUUUGUCAAUAAUUAUAGUGGGUAUGGUAAGAAAACAGUGCCGUCGAAGGUGGUGGUUGUGGAGAGGAAGGAAGAAGUGAAGAGGAAUAAUUCGGUGGAGGUGCAGAGGAAUAAUAACGGUUUGGAAGAGGUGAAGAAUAACAGUAGGUUGGAAAAGGAUGAGGAGAAUUCGAUGUUUUCGAGCACUUUGAAACGGAUUACCCAGGUUAUGAAGAAGGUUAAUGUGGAGACGGAUAGUGGGACUAGCAGUCCGACGACCGAAUAUGCAGCAGGGUAUAAGUUAUCGUCCGAUUUUUUGAAGACUGGUGAUCCCAUCUCUGACCUUCGUAAUUUUGUCGCUUAUCAUAAAUUAGGCAAAGUCGAUGUGAAAUUCACUGAAACGAAAUUGAAAAAGUCGAAAGUGCCACAAUGUCACUGCAAAGUCACGGUGGGUCAACAUAAAUAUUCAAGUUAUCCGGAAGAUUUCUACGAUCGAGACGCAGCCGAACGACAUGCCUCUCAGAAAGCACUUGACGAUCUUAUGCAGAAAUAUAGUCGUAGAAGAUCGUUGUUGCUUUCGAGUAAUGAUGAUAUUAUUGAACGAAUUCCCCCAAUGUUGGAGAAACAUAAUAAUGCAGUGUGGAUGUGGCAAAUCGAAGCCGAUUAUCGAGAUCGGUUCAACGAGCAAUUGCCACCUGAUUGGCUACAAGUCAUCGAUAAUAGCCCUUUUGUUUCGAUUGAAAAAUGUCACGGUGGCUGCGUUCUCAAGCAUUGCAAUCCUGAUGAUGUUUUACAGAAAGGCAAAAAACUCGACAUAAGUUUAAACGUUGGCGAUGUUUCCGUCCCUUGUAACACUGUCGAUUUUGGUGACAGUAAUCGUUUGUAUGCCGUUGUUACGGUUGCACAUUCCGUCAACGAAAUCUGGUGUCAGCACUGCGGCACGCCUGAAUAUGAAAAAUUUGUCGAAAUGACCCAAAAUAUGGAGAGUUAUUACGAAAGUUACAAAACCGAACUCAAAGCAAAAAUGAUCAAUGCGGGAAGUUGUUACGUUAUUCAAAACGAAGGUUUGUGGAUAAGAGUUCGAGUGUUAAAAACGCCAGAAAAUGGUUACGUUGAUUGUUUUUUGAUCGAUUAUGGUGAAGAACUUAGCAUCUCAAUCGAUAAUGUUUAUUUAUUGAAACGACAGUUUGCUACCGAACAAGCACAAGCUUUUGUCUGUCGAUUAGACGGCUUGGAGGACUUUUACGAGGCAUCCAUCGAUUCCGAAAUUUUGGCAGGUUUGGUAGGAAAGGAAUACGUUCUAGAGAUCGUCACCGAUGAUAUAAGUGACACCGGUGACGUCACAAUUCCCGUUGUCAUGUAUGACGUCACAUCCGGUGCAUCAAUCAACGAAGAGUUGAUUUCAUCACUGACGAUCGAAUCGGCGAUUCCGGUCCUGGAAAAAGACUCAAUAACCGAAGUUUACGUUUCAAAUAUUGAACCAAACGGUGACGUGUAUGUCCAGGUCCGUACUGUCGGUUAUUUCAGUUUGAUGGAAGAUUUGAAGAAUUUAACCGAUAAUAUAACGUCUAAAAACCCCUCCCAGCUUUCUACUACCACACCAACCAAAGACAACAGCACCGGUAAAAUAUACCUAGUGAUGUGUAAAAUGACGCAACAAUGGCUCAGAGCAACGAUUGUUGAUUGGUCACCGAAAGGUGACUUAGCACAAGUGUAUUUCAUUGAUCAAGGAAAUGCCCAAGUUGUGAAUGUGACCAAUGAAAAAAUGUACGAACUGGAUAAGUUAGACAGUGUCUUAAGUCAGUAUCCAGGUCAGGCGAUUAAAGUUCGCUUCAUGAUUGAGAAAAUCCCAAGUGAUUUUGUGCAAAAAGCCGAGAAAUUGCUACCGAAAGAUCGGCCAGUUUUGCUCAAAAUUAUCAGUUAUGAUAAUGAGAAUGUGGCCUGGGUUGAGUUUUUCAAACGGACGACAGAUGGCGUACUUGUUUUCAUCAAUAAAUCUAUCUCGGUCGAAGCCGAGUUGCAACAAAACGUUGACGUUAGCAAUAAUAACGAGACCAACCGCAAAAGACUGCUCAAUUUGGUGCAAUUCAACGAAGCCAGCAAAAAUGUCCCAUCUGGGGGCUCUCUCCGAAAGCCCGAUUUGCCCAAGAUGGGCGACUAUUUCAACGUCAAUAUACCAUUUGCUGUGAAUCCCUGGAAUUUCUUUGUGCAACCGCUGGAUUCGUUCGCACGUCUCAAGGCGUUAAUGAACGAAAUGCAGGAGCAUUACAAGGACACCCAUUUUAGUCCAAUGCCACUUGAAGAGAUAAUUCCUGGUAAAAUUUACGCGUCGAAACACGAAGAUGGGCAAUGGUACAGAACCAACGUCUUGAAGGUCAUCCACGAGGGUUCGAUCAGUGUUUUUUACUGCGAUUUUGGUUAUUACACCAACUUGACACUGGAUCAGUUGGUACCACUGGAUGCCAAGUACAUGGGUUUGCCCUACCAGGCGCUCAAGGCGAAAAUUUCCGGAAUUAAGCCGAUUAAAAACAAGUGGACGAUGGAAGACUGCGAGAGUUUUAAAGAUCUGAUUUUGAAGAAACAGUUUGUUGGUGUUAUUACGAAUAUAGACAGGGACGAGUUUCAUAAAAGUGAUCUUAUCCUGGAAGUGUUACUGAUUGACACUUCCAGUGAGGAAGAUGUUAAUAUUAAGGAAGUACUCAUCCAGAAAGGUAUUGCAACUAGUGUGUAAGCUUCAUUUCGAAUUCCUAAAAAUAGUAUAUUUUUGUAUGGUUCAAGUUUUGUGUUUGAAUUUAUUAAGAGGUAUCAGUAUUGUUUCUGAUAGUGGUUGUUGCCAUAAAUUCCAACGUUUUAGGUUAUUGUUUUGGGCCUUCACCAAAGAAUGUUUGUUGUUUUUUUACUAGAUUUAUUGCUGUUAAUUACCAUGUUACAGCUAUGAACACGUUUAAUAAAUACCCUUUCAUUUCUUA